AUGCCCGUCUUCACCGAGUACGCGGCCGCGUCGCGCGAGCUGCGCGUCCUCCCUUCCUUUGCGCCUCCUCUCCCGCGACUCUCCUCACCCCCUGACCGUAAUACGGAUGUCGAGAAAUAUGAGGUCGUGAUUGUCGGCGCGGGACCGGCUGGUCUCAUGCUGAACCUGUUGUUGGCGCGGUAUGGGUUAAGCGACGAGUCAUUGCUCUGCGUCGAUGCGAAGCAGACCACGUUGAAGUCUGGACAGGCAGAUGGGCUUCAACCGCGGACGCUCGAGACGCUCAAAUCGCUGGGUCUCGCAGACGAGAUUCUGGCCGAGGGGUGUCAAAUGUGGCAGGUCGCAUUUUGGAACCCCUCAAUCGAUAAGAAUAAGAUUAUCGAGCGCACAUCAAUAAUCCCCGACGUCGCGGUCCCCGCGCGCUAUCCCCAUGAAGUCACCAUCCACCAAGGCCGAAUUGAACGAAUCCUCGAGACCGAUCUACAUCGAUAUUCGCAACGGGGCGUGCAGCGAAACACAAAGCUCAUCGACGUGAAAAUCGACGAAGAAGACGAUGCAGAGUUCCCAGUUAUCGCAACAAUCGAAACAGAUGGCCAACAACGGACCGUCCACUCAAAAUACCUAGUCGGCGCAGACGGCGCGCAUUCCGUCGUGCGACGCAGCAUGGGCCUGAAACUGGAAGGCGAGUCACUCGAUCAUGUAUGGGGCGUCGUCGACUUGGUUGUCGAUACAGAUUUCCCCGACAUUAGACGCCGGUGUGCGAUUCAUUCGCCUGCUGGUUCGGUCAUGGUUAUUCCGCGCGAGAGGAUCGCGACAGGGGAUUAUCUCACCCGGUUGUAUGUGCAGGUGCCUGGGGACGUGAAGCCUGAUGGUGAUCAGCAGCCUGUCAAUGGUGCUAAUACACCACCGGUUGAUGCUCGGGCUAGACGGAGUCAGGUUACGGAGCAGACGAUCUUUGAGAAUGCCGCUGCCGCUUUUAAGCCGUAUUAUAUCCGGCCGAAGAAGGAUGGUGCGGUCGAUUGGUGGGCUGCGUAUCAGAUUGGGCAGCGGGUCACAGAUAAUUUUUCGGUCAAGGAUUCGCAAGGCGUGAAUCGAGUUUUCAUUGCUGGUGAUGCUUGUCAUACCCACAGCCCAAAGGCCGGCCAAGGAAUGAACGUCUCAAUGAUGGACUCCUAUAACCUCGCCUGGAAACUAGCCUACUCAAUCCACGGCCUAACUCCACACGCAGCCAGUGCAAAGGCAGACCCCAUCCUAGACACAUACCACACAGAACGACACACAAUCGCCGAGAAACUCAUCGCGUUCGAUCGCGACUUCUCUUCAAUGUUCUCCGGCAAAAUCGGCGCCUCGGAAGACGGCGUCGGCGGACUCACACACGAGGAAUUCCUGGAGGUGUUUAGCCGAGGAAAUGGCUUCACCAGCGGUUGUGGAAUUGAAUAUCCAGAGAACAUGGCCGUGACUCGAGCGCUGGAUGGGAAGAAGAACCCAAUUGCCGGCGAGGAUUACCUGUCUGGUAUUCUCCGUCCUGGACGCCGAUUACUUAAUGUUCGCGCUGUACGGCAUGCGGAUGGGUAUCGGCGCGACUUGCAAGAUGAUUUUGCGUCGACGGGUCGCUUCCGUAUCCUCUGUCUCACGUCCUCGGAUUUACUCAGCCACCAAGGUAUCUCAGCGAAGACACUUGCUGCCCUUGGAAAUGUCAUCUCGCGCUUCCCCAAGUCAGUACUUGGGCAGGUAGUUAUUCAUCCACGUCUUGAGAAGGAAAUUAUGUGGAAUGAUAUACCCAGCGAGGUGAAGAGGUACUCUGAGAUGUCUUUCUAUAGUGGAUAUGAGCUCGAUGAUGUCUAUGGUGUCUACGGUGUUGAUCCUGCUGAGGGGGUGUUGGCUAUCGUACGUCCGGAUGGCUACAUUGGAAUUGUUGCGGGCUUAGGCGAUGUUCAGCGUGUGGAGGCUUACUUACAGUCUCUAAUUCGCACGGUCUAA